AUGAAUUUGAUUCAACAGUGUUCCCAGGUAAAUGAGCUAAAGGAGAAGGGAAAGGCCCUGAGUGCUGGAAACACUGAUGACGCCUUACAGUGCUACUCUGAGGCAAUUAAACUCCAUCCCCAGAACCAUGUGCUCUGUAGCAACUGCUCUGCAGCCUGUGCCAAGAAAGGAGACUACCAGAAGGCCUAUGAGGAUUGCUGCAAGACUGACCUGAAGCCUGGCUGGGGCAAGGGUUACUCAAGAAAAGCAGGAGCCCUUGAGUUCCUAAACCGGUUCGAAGAAGCCAAGCGAACCUAUGAAGAGGGUUUAAAACAUGAAGCCAAUAACCUCCAGCUAAAGGAGGGCUUGCAGAACACGGAGGCCAGGUUGGUAGAGAGGAAAUUCAUGAAUCCUUUCAACUUGCCUAAUCUGUACCAGGAUGAUCCCAGGACAACGACACUGCUCAGUGACCCUACCUACCAGAAACUCAUAGAACAGCUACAGAACAAGCCUUCAGACCUGGCCACGAAAAUACAAGAUCCCUGGAUCAUGACUACUCUCAGUGUCCUCCUUGGGGCUGAUCUGGACAGUAUGGAUGAAGAGGAAGAGGCAGCAACACCCCCACCCCCACCUCCUCCCAAAAAGGAGGCCAAGGAGCUGGACCGCACCAACAUGACUUACAUAACUAAUCAAGCAGCUAUGCACUUUGAGAAAGGCGACUACAACAAAUGCCGGGAGCUGUGUAAGAAGGCAAUUGAAGUGGGCAGAGAGAACCGAGAGGAUUACCAGCAGAGUGCCAAAGCUUAUGCCCGGAUUGGCAGUUCCGAUUUCAAAGAAGAAAGGUCCAAGGAUGCUAUUGAUUGCUACAAUAAAUCUCUGGCAGAGCACAGAACCCCAGAUGUGCUCAAGAAGUGCCAGCAGGCAGAGAAAAUCCUGAAGGAGCAAGAGCGACGGGCAUACUAUCAACCCUGACUUGGCUUUGGAGGAGAACACUUCCAGAAAGGACACUACCCCUAGACCAUGAAGCACUAUACAGAAGCCAUUAAACAGACAAAAGAUACCAAACUGUACAGUAACUGAGCUGCCUGCUACACCAAGCUCCUGGAGUUUCAGCUGGCACUCAAGGACUGUGAGGAGUGCAUCCUGCUGGAGCCAAUCCUUAUCAAGGGUUACCCACGGAAAGCAGCCGCCCUGGAAGCCAUGAGGGACUAUACAAAAGCUCUGGAUGUGUACCAGAAGGUGCGAGACCUGGACUCCAGCUGUAAGGAGGCAGCAGAUGGUUACCAGCGCUACAACAGACAUGACAGCCCUGAGGAUGUGAAACGACGAGCCACGGCUGACCCUGAGGUGCAGCAGAUUAUGAGUGACCCAGCCAUGAGGCUCAUCCUGGAGCAGAUGCAAAAGGACGCCCAGGCUCUGAGCGAACAUUUAAAGAACCCUGUAAUAGCACAGAAGAUCCAGCUGACAGAUGUGGGUCUGAUCGCAAUUCGGUGAUAACUUGAGCUGGGA